UUUAAGAAAUUAUUUCUCCUGUGGACAGGUUAAUGCUUCCUCCUGAGACAAGCAACUAUCUGGCAUCUUCUGGUGAUGUGUUCAGGACAGUCUCUGCAGGGGGCAGCAGGGGACGCGGUGAGGUUUGCCAUCGACGUUGGGUACCGCCACUUGGACUGUGCCUACAUGUACCAGAACGAGAGCGACAUCGGGGACGCGCUGCGACGCAAAGUGGAGCGGGGCGUGGUGAGGCGGGAAGAGCUCUUCAUUGUCAGCAAGCUCUGGUCCACCUUCCACAAGAGAUCCCUGGUGAAGGAGGUGUGCCAGAAAACGCUUGCUGCCCUCCAGCUGGAUUAUUCGGAUCUCUACCUGAUGCACUGUCCCAUGGGAUUCAAGGCAGGAGAGGAGCUAUUUCCUGCAGAUGGAAACGGCAUGAUCAUUCCCAGCGAUACAGAUUUUCUGGAUACGUGGGAGGCUAUGGAAGAGCUCGUGGAUGUGGGAAUGGUGAAGGCUAUUGGAGUCUCCAACUUCAACCAGAAACAGAUCAAUCAGCUCCUGGCCAAACCAGGCUUAAGACACAAACCUGUAAACAAUCAGAUUGAGAGCCACCCCUAUCUUCCUCAGGAAGAGCUGAUUAAGUUUUGCCAAUCCAAAGGGAUCUCUGUCACUGCAUAUUGUCCCCUUGGAGCACCCAACUGGCCAGGGUCCAAGCCUGACCAUAUUUCCCUUCUUGAUGAUCCUCAAGUUAAGGAAAUUGCACUCAAGCACAACAAAACCCCAGCUCAGGUGCUUAUCCGGCUCCAAAUCCAAAGAAAUGUGAGUGUAAUUCCAAAAUCCGUCACUCCACAGCGCAUUGAAGAAAAUUUUAAGGUAAGAGGGCACCUUACAGAGUCAUUAAUGGUGUUAAACUACACAGGGAAAAACCCUACUCUGCCAGUGGUACAAACCACCCCCCUCAAACCUAGAACCACCAAAACCUUUGUCAGAUACCACAUAGGUUAUCACUUCUUUAUGAACGCAAAGAGUCACUUUGAAAGUAAGGAGCCACAUCUUCAUUAGAACACAUCAGGUAAGAGCCAAACUCUUCCACCUUGUGGUACAAUUGUGCUGCAGGCAGAGCCCACCAGCACUGUAACCUCACACAUUUAUCCACUGCUCUCCCUGCACGGGUGGCCCCAGCACACCUCCUACUGCUUCAGCCUGCUUUUGCUAUUCUUUCUGCAAAUAAACUUCCUUGUCUCACUGCAAACUGAAGUAACCCAGCUGUUUGGGACCUUCCUGCAGGUGUUUGACUUUGAACUGACUGGAGAGGAGAUGGAGACCCUCCUUGGUUUCAAGAAGCGCUAUCGCAUCUGUGCAUUAAGCCAGUGAGUACCUCCUUCUCCUGCAGGCUUUGGCAGGGCUGGAUUUCCACUGGAGAGCUUGGAUUAGCACUGGAUAGCUUGGAUUUCCACUGGAUAUCCUCUUAACAGACACUAUUUGAUAGCCCCUUAAAAAUAAAAAGGGAGGGAGCCUCAGCCAACACCUGGUCACAUGUGCUGGAAUCUCACCCUUGGGUUUAUUAGAGCAUUGCCCAUCCUGCCCAGGUUGGGAACACUGGGAUUUCUGCAGGCACAACGUUCCUAAGAUGUCCUGUAGUGGAUGCAUACCAAACUGCUGUCUGAAAAUCAAAAUCAGCUGGAAAUUCCAAAAAUAAAUAAGCAGCUAUUUCCCCCCUCCGUUUUCUUUGGCUCCUUUACAUAAGGGACAGUCAGAGUAAAUAAACUCCAUUUUAAGAAUGAGAGUUGUAAGGUUUUUUUGAAGGGAAGAGCUGUGCCUAUGUACUCCUGCCAAUGUUAUCUAGAUAACAGAAUGGUUAGACUCACUAAGUUCUGCAUUUUAUUCAGUUUUCCCAGGUUACCCACUUGUUUAACAAUAUCCUGGGGGCUUGGGAAUUUCCAGCAGAAAGGUUUAAUAUCUCAGGGAACUUUGGCAAUUUCAGCUGAGCAUAAGAUACAUUAUCCUUUGAGAAGGAGCUCACUGCUACAUGCAAAUGUUACAGAGAAUUCCCUUUCCCUGCCCUAGGUACACAUGUGUUUUUGAUGUAGCUCAAUUUCAGUUCUCUUACCAGGGAAAAAAAAUCCCUUUUCUCUAAACUAUAGCCUUAAAAUGUUGUAAUCAUGCUCUCUUUUUCUAGAUGCAAAAAUCACAAGGACUAUCCUUUUUUAGAAGACUGACAUGGGCAUCAGCUUCAGAUCCUCUGGGGGAUCCAGACCAUUUUUUGUUAUUUCAAGCAAUUUACAAUACUUUGUGUAUUAAUUGAUGAUAGAAGGGGCAUAUGUAUUAAAAAAUGGGAGAAGCUAACUCAGGCAUUCUGAAGAGUCAUCUUUGAACAUGGAUACAUUUGCUUCCUUUAUAUCAAUCCAUUGUAUCAGUCCUUUAUCUGCUCUUGUAACACAAUUUUCAGUUGCAGCAAAAUAUGUAUUCUCUCUUAAUUUAAUAAUGAUAAUGUAUUUAGUAAUGAUAAUGAAUCUUAAUCAAGCCAUAGAUUGAGAUUAGGGAAAAGCAUUUUUGUCAUAACUCUAAAUCCUGACUAAGUUUAGAGAAAAUUUAAAUUCUCUGAUUAGUUAUACUUUUGGAUAAAAGGUUAAUACAUCUAUCUUUUAAUUAUCAAUACAAGACAAUCCAUUUCACAUCAGAAGAUCUCAAUGACAUGACAUGCUGCUUGAGAUGCUGAGUUCAGUAAUUUCAGUGUAACAGACUGAAAGCUCUUUAGAGGACACUGCUGAAUUAUGAUUCAGGAGCUCUUAAUGAGGUUCCCUAUUUAUGAACUGCUAAAAACUAAUAAACUACUAGGAGAUUUGUAUGUUUGGUUUAUAGUACCUGCAAGAGUAUAUAAAUACUGCUUUUAUCAGUAGAAUGGCUGCAGUUGAGACUGAAAAUCUCCUAGAAAAUCCAAAGUCUGAUAAAGGAGACACACAGGAAUUAUUUUGUUUGGCAACUGUCAUAUUUAGCAAGCAGAAAAGCUGGGCAGCUUCACAGCAGAUUUUCACUCUCCUGUACUGUUCCCUAGGUACUGUUUGCUUGUGUUUUGACUCAAAGGAUGUCUUCUGGAUGCUGUUGUCUCUGGUUAAAAAAAAAAAAGUAAAAAGCCAGUGGUGCUGCAGGCCAUGCUGGUGUUUUAAUGAGGUGUCUGUUAAUUAAUACUUGCUCUUUAACAAUUGACUCAAAACUCCUGUACUUGCUUUAGGCUCCUGCAGAUCAGGAUAAGAAAAUGUGGCUCAGCACUGCAUGCAGAGAGAAGGACAAUGUGUAAUUAAGGUUCAGGACUAGGAUACACACUUUAUGGAUAUCCUUUUCCAACUGAUUUUCUUUGUAGUUAAUAAAGGAAAUGAUGACAUAUCUUUGAGCUACUUCAGACUUUUCCAAGAUGUGUGAAUAAGGGGCACUCUACAAACAACAGAGCAAAUUCCCAUCAAACUGGAUUUGGACCUCUUCCAAAGAAAGAGGUCUGAAAAAUCUAUCAGGAAUUGACACUGAGCAGUUAUACUGCAGUGAUA